UUGUCAGGUUCACUGCACAUUUAUUUAUUCAGCUCAUUGUAUUGCAUUAGGUUGUGUUUCUUGUAAGCGUAUAUAUAAAUUAGCAAAAUGACCGAUGCAGAUACUGACCAGAAGGUCAACUUUAAAGAGUUAAUUAAAAGGCGUGGCACUAUUAAGGGCAGGUUAACUAAAUUCAUAGACUAUCUAAGUACUAUUCAAAAGAUAAAGGCUAGUGAUAUUACAAGCUUACAAACAAAAGAGCUCUCAUUGAGGCUAAGCAAAUUUCAAGAUUUGUUCAAAACGUUUGAUGAGUUACAGUCUGAAAUAGAAUCCAUAUGUUCUGAUGUAGAUGAACAAUUAGACGAAAGAGAGUCUACUGAGCGCCAAUUUUACUCAGCUCUCUCUGUAGCGCAAGAACUGAUUGAGGCUACCCCGUCUACCAUUAAUAAGGCCAAUAGCGUCGACCAACAAAGUAAUUGUUCUCACCAACAAAGUAAUUGUUCUCAUGCAUUUAAUGGAAUAAAACUACCCACCAUACACCUCCCAAAGUUUGAUGGAAACAUGUUAACAUGGUUAGAAUUUAAGGAUACUUUUGAUUCCAUUAUUAACUGCAAUAAUUCAAUUCCAGAAAUUAAUAAAUUCCAUUAUUUAAGAUCGGCUUUGGAAGGUAGUGCCAGGGGAGUAAUUAAGGCCAUAGAGUUUACCUCUAGUAACUACAAAUUAGCAUGGGAAUUACUAUGUGAACGGUAUGAUAAUAAGAAUGUUCUUAUAAAUAAUCAUCUUAAGUCUUUAGUGACUGUUGAAAGGUGUAGUAAGGAAUCUUAUAAGGCAUUAAGGUAUUUAGUAGACCAUAUGUCAAAGAAUUUGAGAGCGCUGGAUACUUUGGGUCAACCGACUGACAAGUGGGACGCGCUAGUUAUUUUCAUUAUAGCAUCCAAAUUAGACUCGGUCACUUACACUAAGUGGGAAGAGUACCGGGCUACAUUGACAGAUUAUCAUAAAUUAGAAAACUUUACAAUGUUUUUAAGAAAUCGUGCAGACAUAUUAGAAACUAUGCAUUUUGCUAACAUGGUUCACACAGACAAAGGUGACCGAAGGUCAAAUUACCCUAGGGAGUCUAAAGUUAACAAAGCAUUUGUCGCUUCCAGUGAACAUGGUGCCAGUGCAAAGUGUUAUAUCUGUCCCGAUGACCACCAGUUACAUGGAUGUCCCAAGUUUAAAAAUAUGAGCAUAGAGGAUAGGCUAUCUGAAAUUAGUAGAUUAAAAUUAUGUAAAAAUUGCCUCAAGAGUGGUCAUAAUUCAUUCCAGUGCAAGUCCAGGCCUAUGUGUCGUGUUUGUAAAAAGAAACAUAAUUCAUUAAUACAUAAAAACGAGCCAAUUGUAUCUAAUGCUAUUCAAGACUCUACGGAGGUCUCUAACUUACCUGUGUCACUUUCAGUUGCAGCGGCAGGUCAAGUUUUGUUAGGUACGGCUAUUGUAGACAUAGUAAAUAGGCAAACCGGUGAAAUCUAUCAGGCGAGAGCAUUACUAGAUACUGGCAGUCAGAUGUCCUUUAUAACUAGUGUAAUGAAGGAAAGGCUUAACUUAGUUAGUGACAAAUCGCGUUCAAUUCAUGUGGCUGGCAUUAAUAAUUCAAUUUCAAAUAUUUCAGAAAGGGUAAAGGUUGAGAUUAAAUCGCGUAUAAGUGAGUUCUGCAUACCAAUUGACUGUCUUGUUGUACCAAAUAUCAUAGGUACUUUGCCAAAUGUACAGGUCAACGUUCAGCAACUGGCCAUACCGAAGGAAUUUAGGCUAGCUGAUCCAACUUUCUAUAAGCCAUCUCAGAUAGACAUUUUAAUCGGUGCAGAUGUAUAUUGGUCCAUUGUAAAUGCGAAUCAUAUAUAUUUAGGUAAAAACAAACCUGCCCUACAAGAUACCAAGUUAGGUUGGUUAGUGUCAGGCCCUACUGGGCAAGAUAGGCUAAAAUCCCUCAAAGUAACUUGUAGUUUUAGUCAAGAAUUACAGGAUGACUUAAAAAGGUUUUGGGAAAUAGAAGAGAGUUAUUCUGAACAAUUUGCUCGUUCACCCGAUGAACAUUUUUGUGAAAGGCACUUUGUGGAAACUACUAAACGCCUAGCUAACGGUAGGUUUUCAGUGUUAAUGCCUCUAAAGGAAGAACCUAAAUGUGCUCUAGGAGAUUCUUAUGCUAUGGCUAAAAAGAGACUUCUAAAUUUAGAGACUAGGUUAGAUAAGAAUCCUGAGUUAAAAGACGCUUAUUCAAAAUUCAUUAAUGAAUAUAAGGAAUUAGGUCACCUAACUGAGAUUGCCAGGCCACAGUUUGGUGUGUAUCUUCCCCACCACUGCAUUAUUAAGGAGCAUCAUGAGACCACUAAGGUUAGAGUAGUUUUCGACGCGUCUGCUAAAACUACCUCAGGGAAGUCGCUAAACGAUAUUCAAGCAGUAGGUCCAGUCAUCCAGAGCGACUUACUGUCUAUAUUAUUACGCUUCAGAGAGCAUAGGUUUGUCCUAACUGGAGAUAUUGCUAAAAUGUACAGAAUGAUUGCCAUAGAUGAGUCUCAACGCCAUCUGCAAUUAAUACUGUGGCGCUGUGAGAAAACGCACAAUAUUGUAGUAUAUCAGUUGAAUACAGUAACUUAUGGUACAGCAUCUGCGCCAUUCCUUAGUACUAGGUGUCUUCAACAACUAGCGCUAGAGUGUGGUGAUGAAAUUAUAAAAGAAACCAUGCUAACUGACUUCUACAUCGAUGAUUUGAGUACGGGUUGUGCCUCAGCAAAUCAGCUGACACAUAUCUUUAAGAGCAUCACGCGAGUUUUAGAGUCAGCCGGUUUCAUACUUAGGAAAUUUCGUACCAACUGUCCACAGAUAUUUGAGCACGAACAGGUUAAUAGUGAUACUUUAGAACUGUGCAAAGAAUCGGCUGUGCUAGGAUUAAACUGGUCUCCAGUCAAUGACUCAAUUCAAUUUUCCACCAAUGUGCCACUUGCUUCUCAGAUAACUAAAAGAACUAUUAUCUCUAUGACAUGCAAAAUAUUUGAUCCACUAGGAUUAUUGAGUGCAGCAAUUAUCAAACCAAAAAUCUUACUUCAAAAGUUAUGGUGUGCCAAAUUACAGUGGGACGAGCCAAUACCCAAGGAACUGGCAAAAGAUUGGCUAAAUUUCAGCAAUAAUUUGUCUUAUUUGUAUAAUAUACAUCUGCCUAGGUAUGUAUUGUGUGAAGGGCCAGAAUACAUUGAAUUGCAUUGUUUCGUAGAUGCCUCACAAGCUGCAUUUGGAGCGUGCAUUUAUUUAAGGUCUAGAGAUAGCAAACAUAAGCAUACAUCACGCCUUUUAUGUGCAAAAGCUCGGGUAGCACCCAUUAAACCAUUGACUAUACCUAGAUUAGAAUUAUGUGGAGCGCUCCUCGGAGCUAGACUUUGUCAGAAGGUUAGUGAAUCCUUAAAAUGUAAAAUAAAUAAGAAAAUAAUAUGGACCGACUCCACUGUAGUGUUAGGAUGGUUAAAAAUGCAGCCAAGUCUACUAAAAACCUUUGUACGAAAUAGAGUGAACGAAAUUCAAGAGCUAACAGCUGAUUAUCAAUGGUUUCAUGUUCCCACUAGCUUGAACCCUGCUGACAUGGCUUCAAGAGGGGUAGACCGCAGGUGUUGAAUAGUUCUACUCUUUGGUGGGAAGGCCCUCCCUUCUUAAAACAAGAGGACUGCGAGUGGCCCACCAAACUGUCUCCACCAGAGGAGGCAACUUUACCGGAGGUCAAAGCUCUCACCUCAUACACAUUUGCUGUAAAUAGUAAAGAAAAUUUAGUUAAUAAGGUCGUAGAGUUCAGUAGGUUUUCUAAUUUUUUACGGUUAAAAAGAACAAUUGCCUAUGUACUUCGUUUUAUUAAUAAUUGUAAAGGUCAAAGAAACUCAAGUCAGGCAUUAUCAGUUGAAGAGCUGCAGAAGGCAGGCACUCUUCUAAUUAAACUUAGUCAGUUUGAGACAUUCUAUGAAGAAAUUGAAACCUUAAGUAAAGGCCAUCAAUUACAUAAAAGAUCAAAAUUAUUAGCACUUAAUCCUUUUGUAGACACGGAAAAGGUGCUGCGUGUAGGUGGCCGGCUAGGAAAUUCUAGCUUUGAUUACAACAAAAAGCACCCUGUGCUCCUGGAUGCGAAACAUAGCGUCACUAAACUCUUAAUGAAACAUGAACACUUACGUUUAUUUCAUGCUGGUCCACAGGCACUGCUCGCAGCCAUUCGUGAGGAAUAGUGGCCAAUAGGAGGAAGAAACCUAGCUCGCAUUACUACCAAGCAGUGCGUUGUAUGUACGCGCCUGCGAGUUUUGGUCCAGGUGGCAGAAGGAGUUCCUGGCCGAGAUGCAGCAGCGGUCCCGGUGGAGGACUCAGCAGCAAGGCCUCAACUGCGGGGACCUCGUGCUUCUACGGGAGGCAAACCUGCCUCCGCUCCAGUGGCGCUUGGGGCGCGUCACGCGCCUACACCCCGGCCCGGAUGGCGUCAGCCGGGUAGCGGACGUCACCACCACCAAGGGGACGGUCACUCGGGCCGUCCGCACCAUGUGUCCCCUCUUCCGGGACACGUCGAGUUGAAUCCUUCAACGCCUGGGAGGAUGUUACGGCCUGCGCCGCCUGGCAACACAGUCGGGCGGCGGGGCAAAAUGCUGGGGAAGCGCGUCCCGCGCUCCCUGGCAACACCGAGGCGCCCGCCGCGCAUCACGCCACCUGCGCGCGAGCCAAUCGCAGGCGGCGAUUCAAACUGCGCCUUGCGUCAUCCAACGGGAGGCCGCCACGGUGACGCCGGCGCGCUGGAGAAGGGGCGACGACGGAGGCGUCGAGAGCGGCGCUCGUCCACUUGCCUUCACGGGCCGUCGAGAUCAACACCACUGCCGAUACGUAACGGGUCCAACGAAUCUCUGCAGUCUAAAUUGUAUAACUUAAUCUCGAGUGAAUAAUUCAUUGUAAAGUUUUAAUAAUUAAUAUAAACCAGUAAUAAGUGUG